AAAAUGUUCUCCUCUUAUCGGUAGGCGAGUGUUGUCAAGAGUUUCGCUCUCUAAUGUGUUGAUUAUCAAUUACUGUAACUAAUUGCAAAGUGUUAAGGAAAAUAUCUUCAUUUUCAGACUAAUUUAAAGCAUUUUAUAAUAAGUAGCAAAUAUGUUAGUGUUAGUUUUGGGAGAUUUGCACAUUCCACACAGAUGCAGCACGUUGCCGGCGAAGUUCAAGAAGCUGCUGGUGCCUGGUAGGAUACAACAUAUUCUCUGUACAGGAAAUCUGUGCACAAAAGACUCAUUUGACUAUUUGAAGACUUUGGCCAGUGAUGUGCAUGUUGUAAGGGGAGAUUUUGAUGAUAAUUUGAAUUACCCAGAGCAGAAAGUUGUAACAGUUGGUCACUUUCGCAUUGGUUUGUCACAUGGACAUCAAGUGGUUCCCUGGGGUGAUCCAGAGUCUUUGGCUUUGAUUCAGAGGCAACUGGAUGUAGACAUUUUGAUCUCUGGUCAUACACACAAGUUUGAAGCAUAUGAGUUGGAUAACAAGUUCUACAUCAAUCCUGGAAGUGCUACUGGUGCUUACAAUGCUUUGGACAAUGCAAUUACACCAUCAUUUGUGUUAAUGGAUAUUCAAAAUACUACUGUGGUUACAUAUGUUUAUCAACUGGUUGGGGAUGAAGUUAAGGUGGAAAGGAUUGAAUAUAAAAAGAAUUAAGAAGUUUAUUAUGGACUUUGAUAUUGCAAUUACACUCGUUUAUUAUAAUUCCAUUUAAAACUAAGUUUACAAAUUGAAAUAAAUCUAUAGCUUUAGAUUAUGUUAUAUGAAUUAUGUAAAAUAGUAAUGUACAAUUUGUAUUAUUAAAUGUAUAUCAAAAUUA